AUGCACAUGGACGACAUCAUAUCGCCCCAAAAGUAUGAAUUUAGUCUUCCUGCAGCUUCUUCCUCAAAUUUCGGGUCUGUGUCUUCCUCUACAGCUCUCGCAACUUCACAUCCUAUCUUCAGAGAAGAUACCUCAGUCAACAUGUGUGCGCCCUUCUAUAGUGCCCUCAACAACUCAACGAGGUCCCCCACCGCUGGGGAUGCGCCGGCAACACAACUUCCCAAUUCCAGGUUUCCAUUGUCUCAAUCGCUGCACCACCACACAAUCACCGGACAAAAGCAAGUGACACUUCCACCCUUCAAGCCUCCGCUGCUCAAGAAACCCAACCCGAAAUAUGUUCUUGCACCAAAGCAGGUAGUCCAGACUCCCGAGAGCCCACCAACUUCGACGCCCGAGCUGGAUAAGGACGAUAGCAAUGUCGAUGGUGAUGUGGAAGAUACAGGCGGUGCGGCGGGUGUGGAUUCAUCAUUUGAUGUGUCUUUUGAUGUGGAUGCAGAUGCCCUGGAGGCGACCAUGCGGCAGUAUGAUUAG